CAGCUAUUUCAAGCUGGGGGUGAAGGGUACCACGUUCCAGAAGUGCGAACACACCUCUCUGUGCUAUGCUCCGAGCUGGGUGUGCGAUGGGGCGAACGACUGCGGAGACUACUCCGACGCGCGCAACUGCCCAGCCGCCACCGACUGCAGCAGCUAUUUCAAGCUGGGGGUGAAGGGUACCACGUUCCAGAAGUGCGAACACACCUCUCUGUGCUAUGCUCCGAGCUGGGUGUGCGAUGGGGCGAACGACUGCGGAGACUACUCCGACGAGCGCAACUGCCCAGGCGGGAGGAAACCCAAGUGUCCAGCCAACUACUUCGCCUGCCCAAGCGGGAGGUGCAUCCCCAUGACAUGGACCUGCGACAAGGAGGACGACUGCGAGAACGGCGAAGACGAGACUCACUGCAGUGAGCGGCAGGACAAGUUCUGCUAUCCCGUCCAGUUUGAGUGCAACAACCACCGCUGCAUCUCCAAGCUGUGGGUGUGUGACGGGGCCGACGACUGCGGGGACGGCUCCGAUGAGGACAGCCGCUGCCGGCUGACCACCUGCAGCACGGGAUCCUUCCAGUGCCCGGGCACCUACGUGUGCGUGCCGGAGCGCUGGCUCUGUGACGGCGACAAGGACUGUGCAGACGGAGCUGAUGAGACCCUCGCGGCCGGCUGCCUGUACAACAACACGUGUGACGAGCGGGAGUUCAUGUGUGGAAACCGCCAGUGCAUUCCCAAGCAUUUCGUCUGUGACCACGAUGAUGACUGCGGUGAUGGCUCGGACGAGUCCCCGGAGUGUGAGUACCCCACCUGCGGCCCCCACGAGUUCCGCUGUGCCAACGGCCGCUGCCUCAGCAACAGGCAGUGGGAAUGCGAUGGCGAGUUCGACUGCCACGACCACUCGGACGAGAACGGGAAGUGCAUCCCGGAGGCGCUGCUGUGUGACAACAACAACAACUGCGCGGACGGCUCCGACGAGCUCAACUGCUUCAUCAACGAGUGUCUCAACAAGAAGUUGAGCGGCUGUUCCCAGGAGUGUGAGGACCUCAAGAUCGGGUACAAGUGUAGAUGCCGUCCUGGGUUCCGGCUGAAGGACGAUGGGAAGACGUGCAUUGACAUCGACGAGUGCUCCACCACCUACCCCUGCAGCCAGAAGUGCAUCAACACGCUGGGGAGCUACAAGUGCCUGUGCAUAGAGGGCUACAAGCUCAAACCUGACAACCCCACCAGCUGCAAAGCUGUCACAGAUGAAGAGCCCUUCCUCAUCUUUGCCAACCGGUACUACCUGAGGAAGCUCAAUCUGGAUGGCUCCAACUACACGCUGCUCAAGCAGGGGCUGAACAAUGCAGUGGCUCUGGAUUUCGACUAUCGGGAGCAGAUGAUCUACUGGACAGAUGUCACCACGCAGGGCAGCAUGAUCCGCCGCAUGCACAUCAACGGGAGCAACGAUCAGGUUCUUCACCGCACCGGCCUCAGCAAUCCCGACGGGCUGGCUGUGGACUGGGUGGGAGGCAACCUGUACUGGUGCGACAAAGGUCGGGACACCAUCGAAGUGUCAAAGCUCAACGGGGCCUACCGCACCGUGCUGGUGAACUCAGGGCUGCGGGAGCCCCGGGCGCUGGUGGUGGAUGUGCAGAACGGUUACCUCUACUGGACAGACUGGGGGGACCACUCCCUGAUCGGGAAGAUCGGCAUGGAUGGCACCAACCGCAGCGUCAUCGUUGACACCAAGAUAACUUGGCCCAAUGGCCUCACCCUCGACUACAUCAACAGCCGGAUCUAUUGGGCUGAUGCGCGGGAGGACUACAUCGAGUUUGCCAGCCUGGACGGCUCCAACCGGCACACGGUGCUGAGCCAGGACAUCCCACACAUCUUUGCACUCACCCUCUUUGAGGAUUUCAUUUACUGGACCGACUGGGAGACCAAGUCCAUUAACCGGGCGCACAAGACCACGGGAGCCAACAAGACCCUGCUGAUCAGCACGCUGCACCGCCCCAUGGACAUCCACAUCUACCACCCCUACCGCCAGCCUGACGGGGAGCUGUGGGGCAGGGACCUUCCCAACCAUCCCUGCAAGACCAACAACGCUGGCUGCAGCAACCUCUGUCUCCUCUCGCCGGGCGGGGGGCACAAAUGUGCCUGUCCCACCAACUUCUACUUGGGCAGCGACGGCAAAACCUGCGUCUCCAACUGCACGGCCAGCCAGUUUGUCUGCAAGAACGACAAGUGCAUCCCUUUCUGGUGGAAAUGCGACACCGAGGACGACUGCGGGGACCGCUCGGACGAGCCCGAGGACUGCCCUGAGUUCAAAUGCAGACCGGGGCAGUUCCAGUGCUCCACUGGGAUCUGCACCAACCCAGCCUUCAUCUGCGAUGGAGACAACGACUGCCAGGACAACUCGGAUGAAGCCAACUGCGAUAUCCACGUCUGUCUGCCCAGCCAGUUCAAAUGCACCAACACCAACCGCUGCAUCCCUGGCAUUUUCCGCUGCAAUGGGCAGGACAACUGCGGGGACGGCGAGGAUGAGAAGGACUGCCCGGAGGUGACCUGUGCCCCCAACCAGUUCCAGUGCGCCAUCACCAAGCGCUGCAUCCCCCGCGUGUGGGUCUGCGACCGGGACAACGACUGCGUGGAUGGCUCGGACGAACCCGCCAACUGCACACAAAUGACCUGUGGUGUGGACGAAUUCCGGUGCAAGGACUCGGGCAGGUGCAUCCCAGCGCGCUGGAAGUGCGACGGAGAGGACGACUGUGGGGAUGGAUCCGAUGAGCCCAAGGAGGAAUGCGACGAACGUACCUGUGAGCCCUACCAGUUCCGCUGCAAGAACAACCGCUGCGUGCCGGGCCGCUGGCAGUGCGACUACGACAACGACUGCGGGGACAACUCGGAUGAGGAGAGCUGCACCCCCCGGCCCUGCUCGGAGAGCGAGUUCUCCUGUGCCAACGGCCGCUGCAUCGCCGGCAGAUGGAAGUGCGAUGGGGACCACGACUGCGCGGAUGGCUCUGACGAG